ACGACGUUGUCGUUCAUACAUUUGGCUGAAAGCAAACAUCGUGUUAGCAAAAACGAAAAAAUUUUUUAAGUCCAACCAAAAAUGUUGGACUCAGUGAAGCAAGAAAAAAGUGAUUUAGUAAAGCGAAAAACUAAAUUUAGCCAGUGUUACGGAAAGAAAAUUAGCUAGAAUUAAAACUAUUUACAAUAUUUUUGAGUUUAAAGCCGCGUCGGAAAAUAGUGAUCGACCAUAGUGGAGGAUAAAUCGUUCUCGCCGUUAAACGUUAUGUUUGGCGAGGAUCUUUAAUUAUAAGAACAAAAUGUUAUUACUAAAAUUGUACUUUUUGCUAAAUAAAAUAAAUAAAUAAAUAAGAGUGUCUAUUGAAAAGACAUUUUUAAUAAAAACGAAGAUGGUCUUGGCGUUUUCGAUUUGGGCGCUGCUAUAUAACCUGAUGCAACGCACAGAGAUAAGCUACAAUUUGCACCCGCGUCUUCAGAAGUGCACCGACACAAUAUGGCUUCCACGUCUGCUGAUGUCGGAAAAGUGUGGACAUUCUUCGACCAAUCGGCUGAAAAUUUUAUGAUCAAGCCGCUGUCAAAUGCUCAAAUAGACGAAGCUAUCUCGCUAAUUCAGCAGGUUCUUUUGGACGACCAUAUUGUUAAUGCUUUGGGUUUCAGAUCGGACAAGAAGUCAACAGAAUCUCUUGAAUCCUUGAUAAAAUCACACUUAACUUCAAAUCUAACGUUUGGCUGCUACUUGGGACGAACUGAUCAACUGAUUGGUGUAGAUGUUAUAUACAUACGGCAUAUAAACGAUGAUCAUAUCAACUCCAGUCCAAGGGACGGAGAAGCUUUCUGUAAGUACAUGCGUUAUCUGAAGUUUGUUCAGAGACAGCUGCGGUACCAUGGUGCUGAGAAACGCCUCAAAUACUUGAGUUCACUUGGCAUGUUCCUGCUGCCGGAAUAUCGAAGUAGUGAUAUUGAAAGACACAUGCUACGUAUUCGAGGAAAUGCUGCUUUAUAUUGGGGCAUCGUGUUCAACGGAGAUGCUUUGAUUGAGCAGAGAAUACAAAAUUACGCCAACGAAUUAAAGUACAAACUAUACGAAGAAAUUAGAGAAGAUAAUCUGGAGAGAUAUGGCUUGGAGUACCUCAGGGGUGCUGAUGUAUUCCCUAUAAAGAUUAUGGGAAAGUUGAAGACAGGACCGAAGCCGGAAUGUCAAACUUGGAGGCAGGCUUAGAGAAUAGAAAAUCUAUAAUGUAAAAAUGAAUAAUAUUAUGCGGCAUAGUCUGUAAGCCAAAUCAGUGCCGAUUGUCUGUCAAUGUCAAAACGUUUCGUUUUAAAUUUUAGUUUUACUCUCAGAAUACAGAACAAACCAGAAGCCGUCAACGCGCUUCAUACUAAAGCAACUCAAACCACUCUUAACUAGAAUAAUAUGAAAUUUCUACGAUCAGUCAAUUUUGGCACGUGGCAUGUCGUGACGUAUUUACGAGUA